UUAGAAAUCCAAGCUGCACAGAUUCUGCACUCUUUCUCUGCCACAGACCUCCAUACCAUUUCUUCUUCUUUCCAUCUCUGCCUGCCACCGGACGAUGACAACUUACGGGACUAUUCCGACAGAACCCCCUCCUUCCUCGAACCUACAUUUUGUUGCACGUGCAAAAGAACAGAUCGAGUCGGGGCUUGGCAAACGUAGGCCAUGGCUGGAGAUGAUUCAGCUGCAAGAUCUCACACUUCCCACCACCUUCAACCAAUCAAUCCAAAGAAUCAAGUCCAACGUGGUGUUCUUUCGUAUGAACUAUGCCAUAAUCAUAUUGUUCAUUCUCUUCCUAAGCCUACUAUGGCAUCCCAUUUCAUUGAUUGUCUUCAUCAUCACGAUGGUUGCAUGGUUGUUUCUGUAUUUCCUGCAUGACCAACCCUUGAUGGUUCUAGGCUACCGGAUCGAUGAACGAUUGGUGACGAUUUCUCUAUUGUUGGUCACAAUCGUCGCACUUUUUCUUACCAGUGCGAAAUAUCAUAUCAUUGUGGGACUCUCCAUUGGCCUUGGGGUUGUGUUGGUUCAUGGAGCUUUAAGGGAGCCUGAGGAUGUCUUCAUUGUGGAUGAAGAAGAAGGGCCUGGUCCUGGAUCAGGUGGUGCACAUGCUUUGAAAGUGCCUCUGAAAAAUGCUGCCUCUUCUUCUUAUUCUUUGCCCCAAUAGUGAUUUUAUCAUCUUGUGAAUUUCUGUUUCUUCACUAUCAAUUCCCUAGAAUCAUUAAAAGUAAGGGCUUCUUUUUACCUCAUGUUUUUGUUUGUAGAAUUGUACUUUCUUUCCUUUUCUU